AUGUUAACAACAGAAUCUUUUUGCGCCGAUAUAGUGGAAGAGAUCGUAAAGAAACUCGAAUACGAUCAUUCUACUCUGCAUUCUUGUAUUCUAGCCAAUCGCACUUGGUGUCAAGUGACAAUUCCUGUGCUAUGGAGAGAUCCAUUCAGUUUUGUCAGAAAGAAACCGGAUAAUGAAUCAGAGAAUAAGAGAUUAGAGUCUUUAUUUCUCACUUGCUUGCGAUAUCUGCACGGAGAAAAAGCGCUAAUAACUACGCUACCAGAUUUCGAGGAGCAAAACAAACAUGAAAAUUUUCCCAUUGUAAAUUAUAAAACCACAUUCAACUACCUUGCUUACAUUACACAUUUCGACGAUUCUGUAAUCUUUCGAAGUAUAUUUCGUAUUCUGCGACGAAUAAAACCUACCACAUUAAUCGAAGCAAAGAACACAUUUAUCUCCUUCAUCUCAAUGUUAUUGAGCCAUUCCAGAAAUAUCCAUUCUCUUAAUAUCUCCUCGUCGACUUAUUUUGUCAACUCUUUAAACCCUAUGGAAGAAAUAUUCUCUCCAUUCACCUCAUUUUUUUCAUCAAUCUCCACUCAACACACAAAGAUUAAGUGGCUACAAAUACACAUCGACUCCCACAACAUGUAUACCGAAAUCUUACUAGAUAAUGUCUUGUCCGUGAUUGAAGCACAGAAAGAGUUGACGGAAUUUUCAUUCACGGUCAAAGAGUUUGACUGGAGAGAAUUUUUACUUGACAUUGAAUUCAUGAGACUUUUGCUGAUAUGUUUGGGAGAAAAGACCGAUAAUGCAUCAAAGUUAAAAUUGGAAAGAGUAGAAUUUGUAGGAUGUGAUUUUGAUGGUUGUAUCUGGGAUGAUGGCGAAGUGUUAUUUGAGAAUGUGAGUGAGGUAGUUUUUGAUACUUGCAUUAAUCUGGAUGAUGAAAUUUUGUCAGGCUUGGAAUUUAGGAUGGAAAAAACGAUAAUUGGAAAACGCGUUAGCUAUGAGACUAACUAA